AUGAUUGUCCCCAUCCGUUGCUUCUCCUGCGGCAAGGUCACUGGCGACCUCUGGGAGCGCUACAUGGUCAUGCUGACCCAAGAAAAUAAGCUCGAGGUUGACGCCCUCGAUGAGCUCGGUCUCACCCGCUAUUGCUGCCGCCGUAUGAUUCUCACCCACGUCGAUCUGAUCGAGAAGCUCCUCAAGUACGUUCCCGGCGCCGACAGGGCCGAAACCGCAAAGAACAUGCGCGGAGCUGCGCGUCAGCAGGAUGCCAUUGCGUCCUGGUCAGGGGCUAACGGUCGUCACUAG